CAGGGAACUUUAUUGAUGUCACCUGUGUCACACAGACAGCAGGUCCAGAGGCGUGUUAAGAGCACUCCAAUUGGGCGGAGUCACCUUUUUCUCUUUGUACAUAAAAAGCAGUUCCAGGUAGCAGUAGAAACAGCCCUCAGUAUUCCACAGUGUUUCUAUGAUGGCUCUAAGGCAGUGUGGGUUUUGGGUUUUGGGUUUUGGGUUUUGGUGUUUCUGGUGUUGGGAGUGUGUGAUGCGCAGUUUGGUAAUCCAGUUGGUGCUCCAACUCAGCCAAGACAGCCAACUUCGGCAAAGUUGGUCUCAGGAGGAAUUUCCACUUCUCCUCAAACUCCUCUGAGUGUUCAACUCAAACAAAUGCUGGGUCCAGUGAAAAAGCUGAUGUGGCAUUAUCCCCAAGCUCCAGUGAAACCUCAGCAGCCAGCAGUGCAUUUUGAACCACCACAGCCUGUUCGUGCUACUAGUGUAGCUGUUCAGUGUAGCGAGAACAACGUGUACGUGCAGGUAAAGAAGGACUUCUUAGGAACUGGAGAACUAAUAAGCCCAGCAGAGAUCACACUUGGAGGCUGUGCAGCAACAGGAGAAGAUUCUGCUGCUCAGGUUUACCUUUUUCAGUCUGAACUGCAGCUGUGUAACAGUGUGUCAAUGAUGACUGAGCAUGAAUUGGUGUACUCCUUCAACGUUAUCUACGUCCCAAAAACCUCAACCCCAUCAUCUGCUGGAUCUCCAGUAGUCAGGACGAAGAGCACCAGGGUGGGCAUUCAGUGUCACUAUCCACGGAAGUUUAAUGUGAGCAGCAAUGCCCUCCUGCCUGCUUGGGUCCCUUAUGCUGCUACUGUGACUGCUGAGGAAUGCCUGGUCUUCUCCCUUAGGCUGAUGAUGGAUGACUGGCAGUUUGAGAGACCCUCUAACCAGUACAUCCUGGGAGACUUCAUCAACAUUGAAGCUGCUGUGAUGCAGUACAACCAUGUUCCUCUGAGGAUCUUUGUGGAUAGCUGUGUGGCCACUACUGUGCCAGACCUGAACACGACUCCCAGAUAUUCCUUUAUAGAGAAUCAUGGGUGUCUGGUAGACGCUAAGCUUACAGGCUCACAGUCUCGUUUCCUGCCCCGGGUUCAGAGUGACAAGCUGCAGUUCCAGCUGGAAGCCUUUGUGUUUGAGCAGCAGAGAAGUGGCUUGAUUUACCUCACCUGCUUCUUGAAGGCGGCUGCUGCUGCUUCUGCUCCCACUGAUGCUGUUCACAAGGCCUGUUCCUUCAGUAAUAAUGGAUGGACUUCUGUGGACGGAGAUUCCAGAGUUUGUAACUGUUGUGAUACGAGCUGUGGCAGCAGGGAUGUGGGACAGAUUCUGCCAGGUGCAGCUCCACAGUGGCAAGGAAGUGUCUCUCUGGGUCCCAUUAGGGUUGGUGAGAAGAUGCCUUUCUGGCUGUGAGAUGAAUAAAGUUGUCUAAAAGUUGUCUUAAGAACUUGUUUUGUAAGUGUUUGGGGAUGCUAUCAGGAACAUGAUGCUGGUGUAAAGUUUUGAUAAAGUUUCUUAAAAUUUAA